AUGAGGCCUGAGAAGCGAGAUUUGCCGUUUUACGGAAGCCCUCCGGAGCUAAUGCAUUAUGCCAGGUCAUUAGAAGCGACACCGGUUAGUGCAUUUCCACGAUUCACGAUUGAUCUCGCUAAGACCGUACAGAUGUCCUGCCCUCGAAGUGAGGUCCUCUUGUGCCCGCCUCAGGUCCCUUCCGCAAGCCUUUUUCAGUCACAGGAAAGCAUACGCACGUGUCCCGGACCUCGAAGAACUCUCUCCACCUUGGAUCUGGUCACAGAUACGCAUCAAUGUCGACGACGUAGUAUGGUUGCAAGCAUGGUCUGCGGUUCAGGUCUCUGCCAUGCCUGCUCGCGGAUGAAUAGUCUCACGUACCAAGACGUGCUGGAUCAUUUAGCUCAACACACGGACGACGGCCACAUUUAUGACUGGGUGUCCAAGAACCGUGUCGAUGGUGCCAUGCUGCUGGACUUCUUUCGAUGGACGGAGCAAGUCUCCUCCUAUUUCUCUUGCUUGACACCACUAUCAUCGCAGACUGUGCACCGCUCCGGCCAACCCUGCGAUGCGCAUGUGUCGUUAAAUCUCAGUACGUGCUGGGACGUGGAGAAAUCAGCAUGGCCUGGCACGACCGAUAUUGAACUUCCAACGCAUGUUCACCAUUCGGACUUGUCCAAGCACUUGGCAGGCCAGACAUCCUCAGCUGGCACGAGCUCACGGGCAUUGGCAGGUCGUCUUAGUCGACCGUUUGAGCCAAUUUUGACUCCAGGCGACAGGUCUUGA